AUGGCUUCCUCUUCUAACAACACGGGUGGCGGAAACCCAAACCAAUUCACCGACGAACAGAAAGCUCAAAUACAGAAUGCGGCCGAAGAGAUCGAAAACCGAAGGCAAGACGCUGCUAGUCACUUAGCAACAAUGAGCAGAGAAGGUAUGGCCGAGAGGCUGGGUGUACCCUUCGUGGGGUCUUCUGUCGAGAUUAAGGAUCAGGGCAAGAAGAAGGACGAAAGCAAGAAGGACGAUCAGAGCAAGUGA